UGUUGUGAAUGAGCCGGUAGUGCAGGAGCUGAGCCUGAGAGCGAGAAGGCGUUUGGAGUUCAGGCCGGGACCGACAGCCGUACCCCAGCGCGGUGUCCGCCGCAGCCAGGCGAAGUCAUGAGCCAGCCACGGAGCGGGUUGCUGUCCACCGUCCAGACCCGGGUCUGCACCGACAACUUCAAUAACUGCUACACGCUGGUGGGCAAAGAGCUCGGCAGAGGUAAAUUUGCAGUCGUAAAAAAAUGUAUUGAGAAGGCGACAAGGAAGGAAUAUGCUGCCAAAUUCAUGAGGAAAAGAAGGAAGGGUCAAGACUGCCGAAUGGAAAUUAUUCAUGAGAUUGCAGUAUUAGAAUUGGCUGAGUCCAGUCAUUGGGUCAUCAACCUGUAUGAAGUGUAUGAAACAGCAUCAGAAAUGAUUCUAGUUUUGGAAUAUGCUGCUGGAGGAGAAAUUUUCAACCAAUGUGUAGCUGAGAGGGAAGAGGCCUUCAAAGAAAAAGAUGUCAAACGGCUUAUGAGGCAGAUAUUAGAGGGUGUGGCUUUCUUGCAUCGAAACAACAUCGUCCACCUUGAUUUGAAACCACAAAAUAUCCUUCUGACGAGUGUGUCGCCUCUGGGAAAUAUAAAGAUAGUUGACUUUGGCCUUUCACGACACGUCAACGAUAAUGAAGAGCUUAGAGAAAUUAUGGGGACGCCUGAAUAUGUGGCUCCUGAAAUUUUAAAUUAUGAGCCAAUCAGCACAGCAACAGAUAUGUGGAGUAUAGGUGUCCUUGCGUAUGUGAUGUUAACAGGCAUUUCUCCUUUCCUGGGAGACAGCAAACAAGAAACUUUCCUGAACAUUUCCCAGUUAAAUCUCAGCUUUACAGAAGACGAUUUUGAGAACAUCUCCAAAAAGGCUAUAGACUUCAUCAAGACAUUGCUUGUUAAGGACCCUGAAGAGCGAGCUUUAGCUGAGGAGUGCCUCAGGCAUCCAUGGUUGGCAUAUGAAUGCGAUGAAACAGAAUUUGUCUCUGAAGCUUCAACCAAUGCACUUGAAUCUAUAGCUUCGGAAGAAUCAGAAGCGCAAAGCCAAGAAACGGAGGAGCUCAUUGUCAUGGCAUCGUACACAUUGGGACAAUGCAGACAGUCUGAGAAAGAAAACAUAAAAACUGACCAAAAAGCCAUCUCCAAACGCUUCAAAUUUGAGGAGCCAUUUAACACCUUACAGGAAAUUCCAGGAGAGUUUAUCUAUUGAUUUAGGAGAUGGAAAUACACGCUACAUUUUAAAGAGUCUUUUAAAUAACGGAUGACUCUGGCAAAACAGUUGUUUUGUGAGCCUUGGAUUCACUACAGAUGUUUGAAUAGAAAUGGUUUAAUGCCUACAUGCCAAGCACUGUUGUGCCAUGCUUCUGAUAUAAUAUGUGAACAAUGUUCAAAGUUAAUCCAAGCAGAGAGCAAUAAGGGAUGGUGAUAAAUGAAACACUUUCCUUCAAUACAGAGCUGAUACUUAUUUCACAAAACAUGACUAGUAGAGCAUUAUGGGGAAUAUCCAAUCUAUUUGCACAAUUGGUGGCGGGAGGGGGGGGGCGGGUAGAAAGUAGUAGAUGUAGAUUGAUCCUUUAAGCCAUUGUACUGUCAGCAAUAAAAUUAAAGUGUGCAGUUCUUGUGAAUAAUGCACUUUGACAUUUAGUUUGAUUCCUAAAAAUAUCUGUUCCCUAAAAUAUUACAGCAAGCUAUAAUUACAAAUAACACACAUUGGGGUUUUGUUUUGCUAAGUAGAAUUAUUUGCUACAUUCCUUUUUUCUUUUUAAGCAUGUAUGAAUUAAUUAUACAAAUCAAAGGUUAAUUUCUUUGACCUUUUCUUAAACUUGAUUGAUUUCACUUUUUUGAAUAAUUAUGUUGUAUUUGUAAUGUAUUUUUUAUGUUUGAGUAUUUUUGUGAUCAGAAUCAAAUGUGUAAAUUUCCCAGAAUGAGGUGAACUUGUUCAGGAACAUUUCUGCACAAUGGACAGUGAUAGAUAUUACUCUGUUGGUGCCUUACAGACUUGAAAUUUAUAUGGUAUUCAUUAUGCACAGGACUGCAAAAUUAAUUUUGUUAAAUGUACAUUUUAAAGAUAAUCUGGUUAACAGUAAACAAUGUUAGCUUUCUAAUUAAUUACAAGGCUACUAAAGUGAUGCAUUUGAGAAUCCAUUUUUGAAAAAAAACAUUAAAUUAUCCACAUCCCAGUAUGUAGUCAGCAGAAUAGAGGACCAUUAUAUUGCACCAAGUGAUUCAGUCACUGAUCUCGAGGAAAUAGAAUGGGUUCAGUAGUUAACGAACAGAACUAAGUUCUGGGUAACAUGUUAUGGUCGUGCCAGGUUAUUAUAUUUAGUAUUUUACAUCAAUUUAAAAAAGUCUACAGCACAAAAAUGUACAUUUUCACAAGACAAAAUCUCCAUUUUUAAAAAAAAUCUCAGGGAUCCCUGAAUAUCGCCGUAUAUUUUAAUUGACUUUUUUUUACUGAGAAUUUUUUUCUUAAUCUUAGUCUUGCUUCUUAAAUUCAUGCUGCACCCAUUUUCUGUAAUUUCUUUCCCCAUCCCUCAAUAAAUUACUGCACAAUUAAUAUAAAUAUUAACUUUUGGUUAAAAUAUGUAUUAUUGGCCUUUUAAGGGCUAAUGAAAUAGAUGAAAGCAAUGCCAAGCUGCUUCUAGGCCUUUAAGUGGGUAUCCAAGUGCAUUGUGGCUUCACUCAGUCAACGGAAUUCAUCUGAAAAUGGUGCUAAAUGGAACACAACUUCAGCUAACUGAACAAGCCUGUAGCUACUAAUGAUCUCUUGUUCUUGUUUCUGCAUCUAAAUUGUUAGCCAGUAUUCUUGACAGAAAUUUCUUUCUGGUGCGUUUGAAGUUUCCAUUGCCAUGUUUUCAGCCUAAAUUUGACAGUGUUACCUUUGUGUUCAGAAGUAUGCCGUAAACUUAACAACUGCUAGCCAAUCCUUUUACCCAUAGUGGUUUUUUUUUGGGGGGGAGGUGGUGUUGUACCUCUAUGGUAAAGAUGUACAUAUUCCUUUAAUAAACAUA